CCUCCAGCAGAACACUCUUUUCUCUCCGAGCGCACACCGCAUCUCUGGGAAUUUGGCUUCUAAACAGAUUUAAAUCUUAAAAUUUCUUGUGAUUUUUACGCGUCUGUCGGUUUAUUCUACCCAGAGUGUUUUUUAUUUAGUAUUACUUGACUUGAAAGGGUUCAGCCACAGUGUUUUGAGUCUAUCGGCCUUUAUUCAUUCAUCUGACAAUUUAGUCAAUAAACCUAAUUCAAUUUAAUAAACCUAAAUACACUCAAGGAUCAGUCGGCUUUUUGUGAAGAAAUCGUCCGGACAUUUGGUGUUUUUUACUGAAAGGAUUUUACAGGCACAUCUUCAACAAGCAUGAAGCAGCCUGCCAGAACUGAGAUGAGCCGUUUCAACAUCUCUCCGGAGGAUGACAGCAGCAGCACCAACAGCAACGACUACACCUACCAGGACUGUCCCAAGAAGGUCCCACUGGGCGGCCAAUACUCUGACAUAGAAGCAGAGAGUCAGAACUUCCUCCCUGAACACAACCUGGGCAAGAAGAAGUAUGAGACCGAAUACCACCAAGGCAAUGCCUCCUUUGGCAUGUCCGUCUUCAACCUGGGCAACGCCAUCAUGGGCAGCGGCAUCCUGGGUCUGUCCUACGCUAUGGCCAACACUGGCAUCGCCCUGUUUGUGAUUCUCCUCGUGGCCGUCGCCAUCUUCUCCUUGUAUUCUGUCCACUUGCUGCUGAAGACGGCCAACGAAGGAGGUGCACUGGUGUACGAGCAGCUGGGUUACAAAGCCUUCGGGAUGCCGGGGAAACUCGCCGCCUCCAUAUCCAUCACCAUGCAGAACAUCGGAGCCAUGUCAAGCUACCUCUACAUCGUCAAAUACGAGCUGCCCAUCGUCAUUGAAUCCUUUAUGGGAAAAAGCAAUGGAGAAUGGUACACCAACGGGGACUACCUGGUACUGCUGGUGACGGUCGUAAUUAUCCUGCCCCUGUCGCUGCUCAGGAACUUGGGUUACCUUGGUUACACCAGUGGUCUGUCCCUGCUCUGCAUGGUGUUCUUUCUGAUUGUGGUGAUCAUCAAGAAGUUCCAGAUCCCGUGCCCGCUCCCCAAGGACAUCAACGCUCUGAACGAAACGAUAAGCAAAGUGCUAAACACCACCCUGGCCCACCUGAACAGCACCGCCGUGGACUACAGCGAGGACGCUUGCACGCCGAAAUACUUUGUCUUCAACUCGCAGACCGUCUACGCCGUUCCCAUCCUGACCUUCGCCUUCGUGUGCCACCCCGCCAUCCUGCCCAUGUACGAGGAGCUUAAAGACCGAUCCCGCCAAAAGAUGCAGGGUGUUGCCAACGUGUCCUUCCUAUCCAUGUUCAUCAUGUACCUGCUGGCUGCCCUCUUCGGAUAUCUGACCUUCAACAUUGGCGUUGAGCCUGAGCUGCUGCACACCUACUCCAAGGUCUACAAAUCUGAUGUGCUCCUGCUGAUCGUCCGCCUUGCCGUGCUGACCGCCGUCACCCUCACCGUCCCCGUGGUGCUUUUCCCCAUUCGCACCUCCGUCAACCAGCUCCUGUGCGCCUCCAAGGAAUUCAGCUGGAUCCGCCACACCAUCAUCACCAUGGUCCUGCUGGCCGGCACCAACACCCUGGUCAUCUUCGUCCCAACCAUCAGGGACAUUUUUGGCUUCAUCGGCGCCUCUGCUGCUGCCAUGCUCAUCUUCAUCCUGCCCUCGGCUUUCUACUUAAAACUGGUGAAGAAGGAGUCCAUGAAGUCCGUGCAAAAGAUUGGGGCCACCGCCUUCCUGAUAUUGGGCUUCUUGGUCAUGACCGGCAGUAUGACCCUCAUCAUCAUGGACUGGAUCCACAACGCUACAGCCAGCCCGGACGAACACCCCGACGGACACUAAAGCUCCGCCUCUACUGCUUGAGCCGAGGAGCGAGCGAGGAAGCUCUCGGCUCUCGGACCUCGCUACGACCGCGCAACCCGACAAAAGAUCUAAAACCCCCUAAUGUAAAAGAAGAAAAAACAAACACAAGAACUCACUUGAUGCUCGGCUUUGACUUUCCGAGCGACAAACCAUGCCAUUCCAAGAGAAUGUAUCGAACUUUGUACAGUAUGCUGUUAUAGGCCACAAAGAUGGUGUUUUACUUGUUUCUUCUCUUUUUAUUGUAACUUUUUUUCACUGUCGUUUUUGCUCGUUAUUUUUUUUUUUUUUAUGUUCUUUUUUUGUAGUUAUGGUACAGCUGAAAACAAAUAUUUGAAAGGUGCCUCAUAGCAGAGAUGACAUAGUCGUAGAGUUCAAAAAUGCAGUUUACACUCAGGUACGGUGUUACGUGUGUGGCUGUGACCUCAGAGCUCGGCAACAACAAAAAAUCCUGCUGAGAAACAUGCGCGAAAAUCUCCCCGAAGAUUAAACGAAGAGGCAACAGACUUGAAAGUUCAUCCUCAAGGACGCAUUAAAGUUCCUUCCAACAUUUUUUUUUUUUUUUACUUUGCCAAAAAUGUAUUCGUUACGCAUUUUUGUAUAUUGAAAAAGCACUUACUGUUCAGCACACUUGUGGAGAUAAAAAAAAAAAUUCACAGGCGAGGCCUACUACACCGCCUUUUCAGUAUUCGUACCAAGGCUUUGUUACCUUGCUUAUAGUGUCAGCUUUUCCUUGUAAAACCCCCCAAUAUAAAAUCAACAGAACCUGCCUUUUCCAACCCGACACUGGGAGCUGCAGAGUCUCUCACAAAGAGGACUCUCUUGAAACUGUAUUUACUCUUUAUAACCUGCUGAAGAUCUUGUUGGAAUAGCGCGUUCAGCGACGACACUACUGCUUUGAGUCCUGGAGGCCGAUCAGCCUCCAGAGAAACUUAAUUUUUUUUUCUUUUCUGGGAGAAUACUUUGAAUUUGACCACACGCAGUGGUUGUAAUAUACCUGUUAAACUUGCAAAAAACAAAACUCGAAGAUAGGCGUGCUCUUAAAAAACACCAACAACCAAACGACAAACAGAGAAAGCUAAGGAGAGCAUCUGUCACAAUAUUUUUGAGUGUUUUUUUUGCGUGCAGUUGCGCAGUUUUUUCUGCUUUCGAAAAAUGUUUCACAACGAAGAACUUGAUAGCUCGACGCGGUUUUUCCCCGUCGAGUCGUGAACCGCUCAUCUGACGGUUGCACUGUGCUUCCAACACUAACUUAACACAUCACCAAACUGUUAUUGUCCAACAUCUAUUUAUGGAAGACCGUGAAAUCAAUGUAAUUUAAUCUAUUUUACUAUAUUUAUAUAAUAUUGUAUGUAUAUAUAUAUGUAUAUAUAUCUAUUGAGUUCAACUGUAUAUACGCUUUGUUUUGUUUGAACUUUUUUUUUUUUUACAAUAAUGCAUUGGAGCUGUAAAACAAAAGCGAAAAAACCCCAAAGCUGGUGAAUUUGUGAUAUUGAAUUGGCUCCAAUACACUGGAGCUGCAACUGUUCAUCUCUGUUCAGACUGACUGAAUUAUCCUGCUGUGUUGAUUCUGUGAAAACUGUGUUACAUGUGGAAGCCACUAAAAUACAGCGGCUGCAGUCUUGUUUCCGUUUUUUGGCCCCCCCCUGAACACGAACCCCCCGGAUCAGCAAAAUGUUCGUUACGCACAUGUUGGUUGGAGAGUACGUCAGCCAUCUCUUGACUUCAGGAGCAAAGAGGGCUUUGCCCACCAGUGUUACACUCUUGUUUCAGUGAAACAUUAUGUAUAUCCUGUAAAUAAUGUCCAAUUAAAAAUAGAUAACAAAAAAUGA